UAAUAAAAGAAAGGCGUGUCAGCACAUAAUUAAAAACCCUUAUCCAACUAAAACUACCCAAAGAAACUAGUGCACUGAGAGAUAAUGGCAAUGCCUGGUGGACUGAAACCUGCUGAAAUUGCUGACCCUGAAAUACAAGCAGUGGCUGAUGCCGUGAGGGCUGACCUGGAGGGCAAGCUAGGGAGCCAGUGCUCUGAGUAUGUAGCAGUGACCUACAGGUCGCAAGUGGUGGCUGGAAUCAACUACUUCAUCAAGGUGAAGGUUGGACCUGAUGCUUACGUUCAUCUGAGAGUGUACAAACACUUCAGUGGGGAGAUUUCUCUGGCUUCUUACCAAGACAAGAAGACCAAAGAUGACGAAGUGACCUAUUUCUCUGGCCUAGGGACCCAAUACACAAUACUAGAAAUGUCCAAGCGAGACAAAAGUAUCACUUGGAGUGGCCUAAUGCCUAGGCCUGGUGGACUGAAACCUGCUGAAUCUGCUGACCCUAAAAUACAAGCAGUGGCUGAUGCCGUGAGGGCUGACCUGGAGGGCAAGCUAGGGAGCCAGUGCUCUGAGUACGUGGCAGUGACCUACAGGUUGCAAAAGGUGGCUGGAAUCAACUACUUCAUCAAGGUGAAGGUUGGACCUGAUGCUUACGUUCAUCUGAGAGUGUACAAACGCUUCACUGGGGAGAUUUCUCUGACUUCUUACCAAGACAAGAAGACCAAAGAUGACGAAGUGACCUAUUUCUAAUUCUCUGGCUGAACUAUAUAAUCAUCGACCCGAACUAUUAGCUAGCUGAAAUUAAUGCACUCCUGUUAACUGUUAUAUGUAAGUGAAUUUUAUAUCAAGUUUAGCAGACACAAA